AUGCCCUUUAGACUUUCUAGUGGAUCCAGACGGGUCUGCUCACAAGCUGGCUCUGGUCGACUGUCUGGUGGAGGAACAGCCUUCGGGGCUGGGAAUGUGUGCGGUGGGCCGGGAGCAGGAAGCAGCUUCUCUUGUACUCUUGGGAGCGUUUCUUCUGGAGGAGGUUUCUAUAAUGGUGGUGGAGGGUUGGGAAAUGGCAACUGUGCUGGUUUUCUUGGAAAUGAACGUGGCCUCCUCUCUGGAAAUGAAAAGAUGACCAUGCAGAAUCUCAAUGACCGCCUAGCGUCCUACUUGGACCAUGUGUGUGCUCUGGAAGAAGCAAAUUCAGACCUCGAGCAGAAAAUCAAGGAUUGGUAUGAGAAAUAUGGGCCUGGUUCUUGCCGGGGACUUGAUCAUGACUAUAGUAUAUAUUUACCAGUCAUUGAAGAUCUUAAAAGGCAGAUUAUUUCUGUGACCACCUGUAAUGCCAGCAUUGUUCUACAAAAUGACAAUGCCAGACUGACCGCUGAUGACUUCAGGCUGAAGUAUGAAAAUGAGCUUGCUCUACACCAGAGCGUUGAGGCAGACAUCAACGGUCUGCACAGAGUGAUGGAUGAGCUGACCCUUUGUACAACCGACCUGGGGAUACAGUGUGAAACACUGAGUGAAGAAUUGACGUACCUCAAAAAAAAUCACAAGGAAGAAAUGGAGGUCCUGCAGAGUACGGCAGGGGGAAACGUGAAUGUGGAGAUGAAUGCAGCCCCGGGAGUGGAUCUAACUGUUCUGUUGAACAAUAUGAGGGCCGAGUACGAGGACUUGGCCGAGCAGAACCGCAGAGAUGCUGAGGCCUGGUUUCAUGAGAAGAGCUCUUCGCUGCAGCAGCAGAUUUCUGAUGAUGCAGGCGCCGCCACAGUAGCCAGAAAUGAGCUGACGGAACUGAAGCGCAAUCUGCAAACCCUAGAAAUAGAACUUCAGUCCCUCGUGGCCACGAAACGUUCCUAUGAAUGCUCCUUGGCUGAGACUGAAGGCUAUUACCACCUUCAGCUCCAGCAAAUCCAGGAGCAAAUCGGGGCGAGGCAGGAACAGCUCCAACAGAUCCGGACGGAAACAGAAGGCCAGAAGCUGGAGUAUGAACAGCUUCUAGAUAUCAAAAUAUUUUUAGAAAAAGAAAUUGAAACUUACUGCACAUUAAUAGAUGGAAAAGAAAGAAAAAGCAAGUCCACGUGUUGCAAAUCAAAAGGGUACGGGCCCGGAAAUUCUGAAAAUCAAGUCAAAGAUUCAGAAGAAGAAACUGUUGUCAAAACAGUGGUCGAGGAGCUAGAUCAACUUGGCAAUGUCAUUUCACUGACAGUCCACUCAGUUGAAGAAAAAUCCUCUAAAAUAAGCAAUAUUACUAUGGAGCAACGAGUAGCUUCUAAAGCACCAUAA